UCACCAGUGUACAUAAUGUCGGCAGCCUUUAAACUCCCAGUUAGAGAAGGGGAAGGAGUCAUGCUCAUCAGAAGUCUGCUCAGAGCUGCCUAUGGCGGGACGGUCCUGCGGAGAGUCCGUCAGAGAUGCUGUCCCGUGCGGAGAGAGACUCACCACUGCUCGGCUGUAGUUUACAGAGAGCACUCGCAUAACACCGAUACUCUGAGGAUGGAGGAGCUGCCGUUGCCUCCGCUGAAAGACGGGUCCGUGAGAAUCCGCAUGCUCGCAGCUCCGGUCAAUCCUGCAGACGUGAACAUGAUCCAGGGUUCGUACCCAAUCUUGGUCCCAGUCCCGGCGGUGGGGGGGAAUGAGGGCGUGGGAGAGGUGCUGGAGGUGGGCAGUGAUGUCACAUCUCUCCGACCUGGUGAUUGGGUCGUGCCCAUAGAUGCUGGCUUUGGUAAGGAGCUAUUGACUUUUUCAACAUCAAAACCUUAUGUUUUUGUGGUUUAAUUAAGCACUGUAUAU